AUGCCAAUGCCACCUCCGUUUGCCAUCUGUCCUCCUGGGUUGGAAUAUUUAUCCCAGCUUGAUUGGUUAUUAAUCCACCAGAAAUAUGAAAUUCUGGAAAUGAUCACGUCCUUUGAAACAGCCAACAAGUAUGAAGUGAGAAACAGGCUGGGGGAAAUGGUGUAUUUCGCCACAGAAGAGAACAACUGCUUUGUGAGGAAUUGCCUCGGGUCCUUGCGGCCUUUUACCCUGGUGAUCUCCAACCAUGUGGGCCAGCAGGUCAUCCAUCUUGUGCGACCUUUUCGUUGUGACGGCUGCUGUUGCCCGUGCUGCUUGCAAGAAUUGGAAAUCCAGGCCCCGCCGGGCUUACCCAUUGGGUACAUCCAGCAGCUGUGGCACCCUUGUCUGCCCAAAUUUGUAAUCCAAAAUGAAGCCCACCAAGAUGUCCUGAAAAUCAUUGGACCUUGCAUAACGUCCUCCUGCUUUGGCGAUGUGGUGUUUGAGGUGAUGGCGCUAGACGAACAGACCAGCGUGGGAAAGAUUUCUAAGAAGUGGGGAGGGGUUCUGCAGGAGUUCUUCACCGAUGUGGAUUUCCUCGGAAUUUCCUUCCCUCUGGAUCUUGAUGUUAAAAUGAAAGCAGUGAUGCUUGGGGCCGGUUUCCUCCUUGAUUUCAUUUUCUUUGAAGAAGGUGGAGUAGGUGGAGGAAAAUGUAGCGUUUGGUGUUAA